CCAAAAUAUACCGGCAAUGGCGACGACGAUAUCUGGACUCGUCGUCUCGGUUAUCGUUCUUUUGAUGGUGAUGGUGGUGGAAUCGAGCGACAACAACCACGUCUACUCCCCGUGCGGGGACACGACUGUGCAGGCGUCCGACGGGUUCACGUUUGCGAUCGCGUUUGCGUCGAGGACUUCGUUCUUCUACAAUAGUUCCCAGCAGCUGUCUCCCUGCGACCGCAGACUUUCCCUCUCAUCCUCGAACUCUCAGAUUGCCAUUUUUCGUCCAAAAGUUGACGAGAUCUCUCUCCUAACCGUCAACACAUCCUCCUUCUCCCCGGACUCAUAUGGUGGGUAUAUGGUUGCAUUUGCUGGUCGGAAGUAUGCAGCAAGGUCUAUGAUCCCUGCUUUUGUUGCAAACGGUACAUACACUGUAACCAGCUUUACACUUGUUCUUGAGUUUAAGAAGGGCAGGUUGCAAAAUUUGUAUUGGAAAAGGGACGGUUGUGCUAAGUGUUCAGGAAACUCUAACUUUGUUUGUCUGAAUGGUCAGGAUUGUGCAAUCAGAACAUCAAGCUGCAAAAACCAUGGAGGUUCUGUCGAUUGCAGCCUUGGAAUACAAUUGGCAUUCUCUGGCACAGAUAAGCACUUUUCUGUUUUCAACUCUUGGUAUGAAGUGGAGAACCUUCGCCAAUAUUCACUUUAUAGCCUUUAUUCAAAUCUUAGGGAUUCUCUCACCAGCCAGUAUAACAAUUUUUUUUAAUGGUAUGUGUUCUGUUUGUAAAAUUUUCCUACUAGCAUGUUGUUACCUUUUGACCUUGGGAGUCCUCUAUCUUUGGUUUACCUGCAGAAUCUUAUCUCAUUUUGCAUGUUGUUGUUUGACCUCACGAUGUGUACAUUUCGGUACUUGAUGAUUGUAACUUUUUCCUAUUCUUGUCA